CUUCUCAAUAAUCAUCUACUUAUUUCCCUUACAUAUAUAUUGUAUACCUUUUAUUAUUAUUAUCCUUCAUGUCCAAAAUAGCUCGACCUCCUUUACCUACUACUUUUACUUCCAACUCAACCUUACUUGCCACUAAUAAUAAUAAUACUUCAAAGCAACAAGACGACUAUAAAACUACUAGUAACUUUACAAAAUCAUUGGCUACACAUAUAAAGUCUACUUCUCAUAACUUUGAUGAAUUAUCAUCAUCACAAGACAAGGAUUCCCUCGUAGUAGAUGCACGCGUGUCUGUACCUACUUUGAACUUGGUAGGAACUCUACGAUUUAUAGGUGAAACUCAUUUCAAACCUGGAAUAUGGACUGGUAUAGAAUUAGAUACUAUUGGUACUGGUAAAAACAAUGGAACUGUUCAAGGUGUUCAAUACUUUAGUUGCCCAGAACAAACCGGUCUUUUUGUCUUGGCGUCCAAAGUGAUAUGUAUUUCUGAUCCCAAAUCAAUCAAACAACGUUCAGGUCGGGAACGUAUCAAAACACAUGUUAAACCUGUACCAAGCAAAUCAGCACAUGUCUCAACCAAAUCAAUAUCUUCAUCAACAAAGAAUCAAACAACUCCUCUUCCUUUACCCACAGCAACAAAGCGUUCUAUUACUACUCGAUUACCUAGUAACAAAUCUUCUAUCAGCACAAGAUCUCCUAAAACCCGUGCAUCUGCUUCACCUGUUAUGAAACGACCAUCUACCUCCCCAACACGCCAACGAUCUUCAGCUUUACCGUCUGUCAAACGUUCAUCUACAUCAUCAAGUAGCAAUACAACUACAUCAGAAUCUCACAAUAUCUCCAAUAAACGUGCUUCUGCUGUUCGAAUCUCUUCAUCAAAUCCUGUUGUUCAUAUCAUCGACCCAAAGAAAAAGGAUCUGACAAAUGAUUAUCAACAAGAUGUUUCUUCUGGUAUUCUAUCUUCAUCACCAUCUUCGUCUUCAUUAUCAUCACCACAUACACCAAGUACAGCAACGACCUCGGCUUCAUCAACAUCGACAACAGCAACUACUUUGAAUACAUCUUCAUCCACUUCACCACCACCACCACCUUCAUCAUCAUCUCCAAAUAACAAUAAACCUUUAAUAAAUAUGGAUGAGAUGCAUCAAUUAUAUGAUCUUUUGCAAAGAACUCAACGUGAAAAGGAUAUACUUGUGGAACAAAUGCAAAACAAAGAUGCAGCAUUUGAACGACUGGUUUCCGCCAAAGAAAGCUAUGCACUGCAAGUGGAAGAUAAGGAACAGGCCAUGAACCGAUUACAACAACAAAUGAUAUCACAACAAAGUACGAUUGAUGACCUUACUCAAGAGCUAUCCACCUAUAAAGAGAAAGCAGCUCAACAAGUCCGUGAUGAUGCAACAGAAGAACAAUACGCACGACGUGUGACAAAGUUAGAAACUUUAGUGGCUACUCUUCAAGAACAGGCAGGUCAAGCUGCUCAAACUCAAGAACAACGCGCAAGAGAACAUGCCGGUCAAUUAAACUCAUUACGAAAUGAACUUGAACAGGAAAAACAGCUCUCCCUCUCCUUGGAAAAAGAAUGUGAUACUCUACGAAAAACUGGACUGGAAGCUAUCCACGCCUAUGAACAAUCAGUUGCCCAAUUGAAACAAGAUCAUUCCACUCUUCUAGAUGAAAAGGACACUCGGUUGCGUCAAACUCAAUCUGCUUUGGACAAUUUGAAACGACAAUUACACACUUUUGAUGCCGAUGGUACAGAUGACAAUGAUGAUUUGAUGAUGAUGAUUGGACAAAACAAUAAUGGUAGCAAUAAUUAUGAUGAAAUCAAUGAUGACGAUGAAUCUUCCUCUUUGCGACACCAUCGACUAUCUUCUCAACACAGUAUAGAUGCAAGAUCAUGGUCUGAACAACGUCAUCGACUAGAAGAUCAAUUGGAUUUGACCAUGACAGAAUUGGAGAACGAACGUGCAACAAUGCGUACAUUGAUGACAGAAUUAGAAUCAUUACGGGAAGAAUUACAACAAUCACGACGACAUCAACAUACCUUGAGUACUCAAUAUUCAGCACUCCAACAAGAAAUGGCCAAGGAGAUUGAUGACAAACGACGACUGAUGGAAGAAGCCGAUGCCGCAUUCGAAGCUCAGGCAAAGGCCGAAGAUGAUCUUUAUCAGAUGAAAAUGGCGCAUGCUAGCAUGGAAAAGGAAUGGCAACAAGCAAUUGAAAAAUUGGAAGCAACAACAAAAAAUCCAGAUUCUGAUCGACUUGCAGAACUAGAACAACAAUCGGCGCAUUGGAAAGAUCAAUAUCAUAGUAUGGAACAAGAAUGUAUGCGAUUGAUGGAUGAAAUGUUGGCAAUGGCAGAUGAUAACCCAAAGAAAGAAGGUACAGUAGAACAUCCAAACGUGAAACAAUUGGAGCAACAACUCGAACAAGCCAAACAAGACCAUGAACAAGAAUUAUUACGUAAACAAAUCGAAAUUCAAAAACUGGGCAAGGAACUGGCUGAUUUGGAAGCUUUGGUCGAGACAAAUGUAUUUGGUCAAGGGGAUGCCGAGGAUCAAUUGGAAAAGGAACGUGACAAGGUGAGACGUUUGGAAAAACAGCUGGCUCGGCUCUCAUCUUCUUCUUCUUCUUCUACUGUUUGUGAACUUUGUGGACAACUUGGUCAUGAUUUAUUAUCUUGUCAAAAUUACAAACAGGAUGCAAAGAAUCUCAUGUAUUGUGAAUAUUGUGAUGCCGAUGGUGAUCAUCUUACUCAAGACUGUCCUGAUCAAGAUGAAACCUUUUAGUUUAGAUUAUUAUUCUCCCUUUAUAUAUAUAUCAUAUAUAUUUGAUUCCAUUGAUUCUUACUGUACUUUAUGACUUUAUUAUUAUUACUAUGCAAUGUAUAUGUUUGUACUUUCCACAUUGUUCGUAUCUCAUUCAUUUCUUCCAAUAAAGACGAUUUUAUUUAUUAAGCUAAGUGUUGUUAUAAUAGACUCAAAGAGAUCAUUGAUAACACCAUUACAAAAAAA